CGUUCCAAUCCCGUUGCUAAAGUAAAUCGCAGACAAAAACACUAAAACAUUUAAUUUAAUUAACAAGAAGUGCUUUGUUUUGGUCAAAUUGAACAGUUAUGGCUGUUCAAGACCAAUAACCUGAUAUAUAAGCCAGAUUAAGGAUUCACUGCCGCCAGCGAAGGCUAACUUUGUGCCGUGGCAAAAGUCCAAUCGAUUGUUGCCCGAAAUAAAAAUAAACCAAACAAUUCUUAAAACACAACGGAAAACGGCAUUUUAAACAAUGUUGUACCGGAUUAAGGAACUAGAAAGGACUAAGUCUUUAUUCCGCCUAUAAAGUAGGCUCGACGUGGGUGUGGCUCAUAGCAUACGCGUGUGGGCAUACAUGAAGCACGGGUGAUACAUGCCAUACGGAAGCAAUCCCACAGACAUGCGGCUGGAAACUCAACUGACCAACUCUGAGCAACGGAAAAGCAAUAACUAGUAAUAAAACUACGCAUACUUCCAUUUGGGAAAAGUUUUAGCCAUGUUUUACGAGGGCUACGACACCGAUGAACUGGACACCAUCGCCGAUGUGAUGGGACUUCGGUCGCAAGCUCGACUCAAUACUUUUCGCGAAAUGUGGUACCAUGUCUUUCUGUGGGCCCUGUUCUCCUCCAUUUUCAUCCACACCUGCGCAGCCCUGGUGGCCUUCGUCACACUGCGGAAGCACAAGUUCGGGCGCUUCUUCUCGAUCCUAAUCCUGGUCAUGGGAUUCCUGUCGCCGGCUUCGAGUGGAAUUAUCAGCAGUGCGGUCAUCGCAUUCGUGCAUCGUGCCUCCAGCCUGCCCAUGUCGCCCAUAUACGCCAUGAUCUGGGGUCUCGGACAGACCAUAGUGUCCGCCUGCCUCGGCUUCACCCGCAUUUUGGCCACGCUAUAGAGUACGGACUGAUGUUUUCAUGGCCAAGUCUCUCUCAUCUCUCGCCCAAUCCAAUGUUCACAGAGUUCUGGCCUUCCACCAGACGUAUUAUCAAUUCUUCAGGUGUGCAAACAACAAUUAAUUGAAUUCAUAGUUAUGUGUAUAGGAACAUUGUGAUUUUAAAAUUAUACCUAGUACGAUGAGAAGAAUAAUGUAAAAUAUUUAGCUCUUACCUUACCGUUUAAUUCUAAUUGUACAUACUUUAGGACGCAAAUAUAUAAGAGCAGAUUCUAAAGCUA